AUGAAACACAAAACCAUCACAGCGACCGAACAACGCUCAAAUAUUCGGACAGAGAGUGAAUUUCUUCCACAACCAAACAGUUUUCCCCAACAUAAUAGCAAUCCGGGGGUUUAUUUAGGAGAGCAAAACGGACGCCUACCUCCUCACAGCCCCAGCUCCAUCUGGCCGGUUUAUCAAACGCUUCGGACUGUCAGCCAGCCUGCUCCUACGUCCCUCGCUGCUAACCCUCUACACAGCCCCAGCUCCGUAUGGCCGGUUCAUCAGCCGGCUCGCCCAUUAAGCCAGCCUGCUAUCGCGCCCCAUGCCACGGUGCAUCCCCCUAGACCUCAUCCCUUCAGGGAGCAGGGUGCUCCGUCUUCCAUCCGUGCAUCUCCUCAGCUCCAGGCUCUCUCACCUCGCCAGCAAAGUCAUACUGACGCGAAUGGAGAAAGAGACAGAAGGGACACAUCCAUUCUGAAUGAAAGAUCUGAUCAGCCAGCUUGUAGUUCAACACCAACUGAAGCCGGUGACUCCCAGCCUCUUGCUACAAGGAAGGUAUUGAAACUCCGGCGUUCUUCAAAACGGAGAAAAGAAAACACAUCCAUUCUGAAUGAAAGAUCUGAUCAGCCAGCUUGUAGUUCAACACCAGCUGAAGCCGGUGACUCUCAGCCUCUCGCUACAAGGAAGGUAUUGAAAGUCCGGCGUUCUUCAAAUCAGACAAAAGAAAGUAAAUAG